AUGUCCUCUCCACUAUCCGACAAUUCUAACUUUUCCCGCAAACUUUCAGCGGAACUCAUUGAUGUCAAUAGCAAUGGUAGCCACUUGCUCCCUCGGAAAAGGGCUAGAGCAGAAGCUGAGAAAGAGCAGAGUAGAGUAGAAAGAAUUAUCCGGAACAGAAAAGCAGCACAUGCCUCUCGUGAAAAAAAGAGAAAGCAUGUGGAGCAGUUGGAAUCCUAUGUCACGGUGUUGGAAGCCCACUUGAACCUAUCCCUUGAAGCCAACAGAACACUACUUUCAAAAUUAGCCGCUAACAACAUUCCUUGUGACGGUGUUGAUAUCAAGAAGCUACAGGUCCCUAGACCCGAUGGAUUGUUGCUCUCAGACGAGGACAAGACAUCUGCUUCUAAUAAUGUUGAAGUCUAG